CCCGCGCCCCGGCCCGGCCGCUGGGGCCCCGCGCCGUGGCCCGCGCGUCCGGGGCGCGGCGCUGACGGCGGCCGGCGGCGCGCGCCAUGCCCGGCAGGACGGGCCCCAAGAUGGACGGGAGCGGCGGCCGCGUACGCCUGAAGGCGCACUACAGCGGGGACAUCCUGAUCACCAGCCUGGACGCCGCCACCACCUUCGAUGAGCUCUGCGAGGAGGUGCGGGAGAUGUGCCGCCUGCACCAGGGCCACCCGCUCACCCUCAAGUGGGUGGACAGUGAAGGUGACCCCUGCACUGUGUCCUCCCAGAUGGAGCUGGAGGAGGCCUUUCGCCUGUCCUGUCAGCGCAAGGACGAAGGGCUCGUCCUUCACGUUUUCCCCAGCCUCCCCAAGGAGCCAGGCAUGCCCUGUCCAGGAGAAGACAAAUCCAUCUACCGCCGGGGAGCCAGAAGAUGGCGGAAGCUGUACCGCGCCAACGGCCACCUCUUCCAGGCCAAGCGCUUUAACAGGAGAGCGUACUGCGGCCAGUGCAGCGAGAGGAUAUGGGGCCUCGCCAGGCAGGGCUACAGGUGCGUCCGCUGCAGACUGCUGGUGCAUAAGCGCUGCCACGUGCUCGUGCCGCCGACCUGCAGCAGGCAUAUGGAUUCUGUCAUGCCUUCCCAGGAGCCUGCAGUGGACGACAAGGGUGACGACGUGGACCUUCCUUCCGAGGAGACGGAUGGAAUUGCGUAUAUUUCUUCAACCCGGAAACAUGACAACCUUAAAGAUGAUUCUGAGGACCUCAAGCCGGUCAUCGAUGGGAUGGACGGGAUCACGAUCUCUCAGGGGCUCGGGCUACAGGACUUCGACCUGAUCAGGGUGAUCGGGCGCGGGAGCUACGCCAAGGUGCUGCUGGUGCGGCUGAAGAAGGACGGCCAGGUGUACGCCAUGAAGGUGGUGAAGAAGGAGCUGGUGCACGACGAGGAGGACAUUGACUGGGUGCAGACGGAGAAGCACGUGUUCGAGCAGGCAUCCAGCAGCCCUUUCCUGGUUGGCUUACACUCCUGCUUCCAGACGACAAGUCGGUUGUUCCUGGUCAUCGAGUACGUCAACGGGGGUGACCUCAUGUUCCACAUGCAGAGGCAGAGGAAGCUGCCCGAGGAGCACGCCAGGUUCUACGCCGCCGAGAUCUGCAUCGCGCUCAACUUCCUGCACGAGAGGGGGAUCAUCUACCGGGACCUGAAGCUGGACAACGUCCUCCUCGACGCCGACGGCCACAUCAAGCUGACGGACUACGGCAUGUGCAAGGAAGGCCUAGGCCCUGGUGACACAACGAGCACUUUCUGUGGAACCCCGAACUACAUCGCCCCGGAAAUCCUGCGGGGAGAGGAGUACGGGUUCAGCGUGGACUGGUGGGCGCUGGGCGUCCUGAUGUUCGAGAUGAUGGCCGGCCGCUCCCCCUUUGACAUCAUCACCGACAACCCCGACAUGAACACCGAGGACUACCUUUUCCAAGUCAUCCUGGAGAAGCCCAUCCGGAUCCCCCGGUUCCUCUCGGUCAAGGCCUCCCACGUGCUGAAAGGAUUUUUAAACAAGGACCCUAAGGAGAGGCUCGGCUGCCGGCCACAGACUGGAUUUUCUGACAUCAAGUCUCACGCCUUCUUCCGCAGUAUAGACUGGGACCUGCUGGGGAAGAAGCAGGCGCUGCCGCCCUUCCAGCCGCAGAUCACGGACGACUACGGCCUGGACAACUUCGACACGCAGUUCACCAGCGAGCCGGUGCAGCUGACCCCCGACGACGAGGACGUCAUCAAGAGGAUUGACCAGUCGGAGUUUGAAGGCUUCGAGUACAUCAACCCGCUGCUGCUGUCCACCGAGGAGUCCGUGUGAGGCCCGCCCCGAGCGCCGCGCAUGCAUGCGGGGCCGGGCGCGGCCGCCGGCGCCGGAGGAACGUGCUUCUCGUGCCUGCGCCGCGGGGGCCGCGCCCGAGGGAGAACCUGCCCCCGACUUCGAAGGUGCACACUUUCCGCAGAAACGGAACGGACCUGCUCCGCCGGGAGAGCGAGCCUGUAAUGUCCUGAGGAAUAAAGUGUCCCGAUGAUGCUGGCGCUGCCCUCUGAUGCCUUUUUUCCGCGGGCGGCACCUGCCCGGCGUCGCAGGCGCGGCCCCAGGCGGGAGUGUAAGUGCCCGCGGGGACCCACUGCCACGGAGGAGUUUCACAAGUUCGGAACGUUUUCUAAAUCCCGGUAAGUUCCCCUUGUUAACAUUUAACAAGUCUUUCCACACCGAGCAUGUCGGCAGCCCCUGUGGGCUGACGCCCAGGGCACACCUUCACCAGGUGGGCGCCGCUGGUCCCCACAGGGCGUUAGACGGACGAGGAACAUUGGAUCGUAGAGGUUCGGAAACACGGCUCACCAAAGCACCCGUAGACCAAAAAAAAAAAAAAAAAAGGAAAGAAAAUUGAAAACUAAACCCGCACAAAAUAUAUAU